AUGGAGUUGGACGAAACAGACUCGGAUGAUGGUGUUAUCAACGUUUUGGAUGAAAUGGAGGCGAUUUUGGAGCGUCACGCGGGAGGCAAGACCAGUGAUACAUUGUGCAAUGACGGAAGAAACGAUAGCGGCACUCAUUUCCCACCACGAACUCCUUUCGUCGAAAGAGGAACCGGCUCUUCGAACCCGUCUCCAGCUGACAGUACGAGCAGUGGCACGAGCAGCAAUAUUUGUAGUACUGUGGCAUCUGGAGUGCCUCCAAACCAACAGGUUGAAACACCGCAGCGCCUUCGGAAAGACUUGGAUGGCUUGUCGCUUGCGCAAACGGGUCCCGUGGAAAAAACGGGUUGA